AUGAGGGUGCCGCUCUGCCGCCUCCCGCUCCUCCUGCUCCUCGUCCUAGCCCUCUCGCCGGAGGGGACGCGGUGGCCGGGCGCCUCGGCGGCGACGGCCGCGGCGGCGCGGCGCAUCGCGCCGCUGCCAUCCGCCGCGCUGCGCCGCCUCUACGACACCUCCAACUACGGCAGGCUGCAGCUCAACAACGGCCUCGCCCUCUCCCCCCAGAUGGGGUGGAACAGCUGGAAUUUCUUCGCCUGCAACAUCAACGACACGCUCAUCCGCGAGACAGCUGAUGCAUUGGUUUCGACGGGGUUGGCUGAUUUGGGAUACAACUACAUAAACAUCGACGACUGUUGGUCGUAUGUGAAACGAGGAAAUAAGGAUCAAUUGCUACCUGAUCCAAAGACUUUCCCUUCUGGAAUCAAAUCACUUGCGGACUAUGUGCACGGAAAAGGUCUAAAACUUGGUAUCUACUCUGACGCUGGGGUAUUUACUUGUCAAGUUCGACCAGGAUCGCUCCAUCACGAAAAUGACGAUGCUGCCCUUUUUGCUUCAUGGGGUGUUGACUAUCUAAAGUACGACAACUGUUACAAUCUGGGAAUACCGCCAAAGGAAAGGUAUCCUCCAAUGCGUGAUGCUCUAAAUUCAACUGGGCGCCAGAUAUUCUACUCUCUAUGUGAAUGGGGCCAGGAUGAUCCAGCUUUAUGGGCUGGAAAAGUUGGAAACAGUUGGCGUACAACAGAUGACAUACAGGAUACAUGGAAAAGCAUGACUGACAUUGCUGAUAAGAACAACAAGUGGGCAUCAUAUGCUGGACCCGGUGGAUGGAAUGACCCGGACAUGCUGGAAGUUGGAAAUGGUGGCAUGACCUUUGCAGAGUACCGUGCACAUUUCAGCAUCUGGGCACUCAUGAAGGCACCUCUCUUAAUUGGUUGUGAUGUCAGAAAUAUGACUUCACAGACAAUUGAAAUAUUGAGCAACAAAGAAGUAAUUCAAGUAAACCAAGAUCCUCUUGGAGUUCAAGGAAGAAGAAUUUUGGGUCAGGGAAAGGGUGGAUGCCGUGAGGUGUGGGCUGGCCCCCUCUCUGGCAACCGUUUGGCUGUUGCUUUAUGGAAUCGUUGUUCGGAGACGGUUAAUAUCACAAUGUCAUUGCCAGCUGUAGGCCUUGAUGGUUCAUCUGCCUAUUCUGUUAGAGAUCUGUGGAAGCAUGAAACUCUAUCGGCGAACGUGGUAGGAACUUUUGGAGCCCAAGUCGCCGUGCACGACUGCAAGAUGUACAUUUUUACUCCCACCGUCGGUUUUUCUGCAAGUUGGUGA